AUGACAACACUGCAACUCGAUGAUGCAAAAAUUGAUGGCUCAUCAAUCACAAAUGGCCUAUCAUCAAAUGAUUCAAAUGCAACAAGUAGCAAUGAGAAAGAAAUCGAUGAUGUAACUACACAAGAAGGAAUUUUUAUCGAAGUAUUAAAUAAAUUACAAAAUUUGAAAGAACGAGCAGCGACCUCGACCAGAUUAAAAAAAUCGACUUUAGUUGACUUUCAACAUAUUCUUGUUGAACUUAUUAAUGUCAUCGAAGAAAAUAAAAUUUUGUCUGCUAGAGCACAAGAUUAUCGAUACCAACAUAGAUUUCAUGUGAGUGAACCAUUAGUUGUUUUAGUAAAAUUAUUUAGUUAUGAUCGUACUCUUGAUUAUAUAAUGCAACAUGCAGAAGUUGAACAACUAGAAACAGCAACAACACUAGAAUUUCUACUUGAUUUUUUCUUUAAAUAUUAUGCUACAGUCAAAUAUAAUGAUCCACUCAAAUUGACAACAAUGACAGCAUUAUGCAAUAUUUUUUGGAGUGUUUCACUUCAACCUCAAUACAAACAGGAAUUGUAUGAAAAUAAAAAAAAAUUUGAAGAAUUUAAGAAGUUAAUUCAACAGAUUGCUUAUGAAAAAGACAACAAAAUGAUUGUAACAACACCUACACAUUACGUUCCCACAUAUAUUGAAAAUAUACGAAAAGCAGCUAACGGUAUUUUGUGUAAUAUUGUUGAACAACAACAAUCUGAAACUCAAAAAUCAGAGCAAUAUGGAAUUAAAAAACUUCGAGCUGUAGCGUUUCCUCUCAAAUCAUCAUCAAUCGACAGUCCAAGUAUUCCUAAACCAUCAAUUAUGAUUAGUUAUUCACACGGAGAUAAUGAUUUCUGCAAACAGCUUUACGAUGAGUUGAAUAAGAGGAACAAUGAAUUUGAUAUUUGGAUCGAUCGUCAAUGUUGUAAAACAGGUUAUUUAUGGGGUAAAAUAGCCGAUGGUAUACAAGAAGCGAGUGUCAUUCUGUGUCUUCUAUCAAACAAGAAAUCUGCUAUCAACCUCGAUGAGAAGCCUAUAUCACAAUGGAACAGGGACGAUGUUGCUCAAUGGUUUCAACAGAAUAAAAUUAUGCCUGAAUUGUAUAAAUUAUAUCAAUUCGAAGAUGGUCCUGAACUAUUAACUUAUGCUAGAACUAUCUUAAAUGAAAAUGUAUUGAAAUUAGAACAGCAACUCUAUUCUCAAGCGUAUUCACAAGCAAAUAAUGGUAAAAUAUUAUUAACACCACCAUUUUUACGAUUCACGAACGCUUUGCGAAAAUUACACUAUGAUGCUGAAUUGAAAAUGCAAAAAUCAACAAUAGUCGUAGAACCAAUUAUAAUGAAUGCUAGUAAUACCGUUGGUAGUAAGCCUACAACAAGAAGCAGUUCGCGUAUACCAAGAAGACGCUCAACAACAAAACCACACGAUUAA